UAUUUUUGCUAUACCUGCCUGCUUCCAGCAGAGGGAGUUUGUUAUACUGUUUUAUCUGCGUGCCCAAAACGAAGACUGAAGAACGGGAUAAACAACAUUAAUAAGCAUUUACUCACGCUGUGUCACUUCCUGGUUUUAUUCACUGAAGAAAAGCACCACAAACGAGAUACUCGGUAGGAGGGGAAAUUGGAGAUGGCUGAUCUGUCGCUUUAUCUAACAAAUGUCAACGUUUCCUUGGGACAAAAAAUGGAUGGCAGUAAGAAUGCUGGGAAAGACUUUGAAAGUGUGGAACUAGGGGAGAUUGGAAAGGAGAAGCAGCAGAAGGUGCCACGGCGGAUUAUUCACUUUGCCAGCGGAGACACCAUGGAAGAGUACAGCACGGAUGAAGAACAGGAGCCGGAGAAAAAAGAAAUGCUUCCUGCAGUCGAUCCAUCAAAGCUGACUUGGAGACCAUACCUCUUUUUCCACAUGUGGAGGGCAGCCACUACCACGAUAUCAGUGUGUGACUUUCUUGGAGAAAAAAUGGCCUCACUGUUUGGAAUAAGUACACCUAAAUACCAGUAUGCCAUUGAUGAGUACUACAGGAUGAAGAAGGAGGAAGAAGAAGAGGAGGAGGAGAACCGCAUGUCUGAGGAGGCAGAGCGUAAUUUCCAGGAGCAGCAGAGCCAGGAAAGUCCAGAACCGCACACUGAACAGCCAGAGGGAUCUGCUUCGUUUGUUAAUGUUACUUUCGAGCUGGAAAACGAUCCCUGUGCAAGUCCGGAGAACAGCAGAGUUCCAGCACCCAUUCCCACAUAAUAGUACAACCAUUUAAAAAAACGGAAUCAAAUCCUUUGCAAAAGUUUUCAGUUCUUAUUUUUGUUUUUCUUGCCAUUAACAUCUCCCUUGUGAAAUAUACAAUAUUGCAAAAUUUUUAGAUAGUCUUACCACAUACAUCUGAGAUCAUACAUAUAUUUUAUAUCCCAGUGACAUUUAUACAACAAGCCUAUGGAGGUUUAAAAAAUUAAAAAAAUAAAA